AUGACGCGGAGACGAACGAGGAUCCGGAACCUACGUCAGCAUCAGCAAACUCCGGAAAGUUUGUCGGAUACUGCACAGGAAACCUCGGUAGACGAUCAACCAAUAGGAACAGAACCGUCACGUUAUAAUCUUCGUCAGAUGAGAAGGUUGGGCUACAGCACGCUGACACGCAACCUGGACAUUGUGUUGGAUAUGUCGGUAACAUGUACAGCCGUGGCGACAGCAGGAGGUACUGCAGCGCGGGUACUUCAAAGUACUUCUCAGAAUAGAAGCACACAGAGUCGACAGUUCCCAUCUUCCGAUAUUAUAAUUUCGCUCAGUAGAUCAAGCAAUGUAUCAACUUUCCUCAUAAACAUAGGACGUUUGUUCAGUAUUUACGAAAUGGCGCAUAUCCAAUUGGAGGAACUGGAAGACGUACUCGGCGACCUUCUAGGACAGUUAGUGCGUAUAUCACGACCGAAUCGGACGAAGGUCCCAAUCAAGGCGGGCCGGAGUGGCGGCAAGCCGUCUUUAGGAAAUCGAUAA